AUGAGUGAAAAUUUAAAAUUCAUAGUUAGUGAAUUGAAUAAACCACCAUUUAAUCGAAAUUUUAGUUUGAUUAGUUUCGAUUCCCUAGAGGAACUAUCGCUCCUUCAAUUACUGACUGACAUUUUUGCUGAAAUAGAACCAUCGCAAAAAUUAGACGUUCGAGAUGAAACCCCAGACGCCACGGCAAUCAGAAUUUUCCAGAUGCUCCGUAUUUUUAAAUACAAAAUCCCGGCAAACGAUCAAAAUGCGUUCAGGCAAGGUAUUGUUGAGGGCAAGAAACUAACUAUACAUCCGAUUAUGGCUUGGGUAUUAGGUAAAAUUCCCGAAUUAAAAGAACGGGCGUAUUUAGGACGAUACCUUGUCAAGGUUGAAAUACCGGCUGACUUUCUGAACGACAGUACCAUCGGAGAUCUUAACGAACAAUAUCUCGCUUUGAUUGAGACAUUCAAGGAGACUCACAAGGAGUUAUCGAGUUUGAAAAAUAGCGGUUUCAAUACGAGCGAUAUUAAGAAGGACAUACUGGCCAUGGAAGGGGAGAAGGAUCAGCUGUUAAGAAGAGUAGAAAAGUUGAAGAAAAAAGUUGAAUCAACUCCAAACAAUGAAUCCAUCCUUCAAGUUGCACGAUCUUUAAGAGAGGAAAAUGACAGGGGUGAGAAGAUACACCGACAGAAACAGGAUCAAAGAAACUUGAUCUUACAAAUGGAUCAGAGGAUUCAAAGAAUGAACCAGCAGAUAAAGGAGACGAGGCAAUCCUCCAUUGGACUAAACGCACAGACCCUAAUGAACCGCCUAGAGGAAGAAUCGAACACAAACAAAUACCUUGUGAAUGAACGACUGCCACAGGAAAAAGAGCAGCUGAAGAGAAUGACGAACGAACUGCAGAGAAUCGCACUUGAGCCUGCCAUGGGACAGUCGGAUCUCGAUGAGAUACAGCAACAAGUUAGCUGA